CGCAGCGGCGGCGGCCGCCCAGCAGCCCGGGCUCGGGUGGGGGCGCCGAGUGGGGGUGGCGGCCAGCAUGCUGCUCGGCUGCGGCUCGGCCUCCCACACCCGCGGCGCCCGCGUCCUCGCCAGCAGCGGCGGCGGCCGAGCAGCGAGCGGCGCCCGUGUCUGCAGCGGCGCCGGGUCCGAGUCCGAGCGCGCGGCGCGGCGGCGGGGGUCCGGACCGAGCCGGGGGCCGGGGACCCGGCAUGGCGCUGCGGCGGGGCGGCGGCGGGGCGCUGGGGCUGCUGCUGCUGCUGCUGGGCGCCGCGUGCCUGAUCCCGCGGAGCGCGCAGGUGAGGCGGCUGGCGCGCUGCCCCGCCACUUGCAGCUGUACCAAGGAGUCCAUCAUCUGCGUGGGCUCCUCCUGGGUGCCCAGGAUCGUGCCGGGCGACAUCAGCUCCCUGAGCCUAGUAAAUGGAACAUUUUCAGAAAUCAAGGACCGAAUGUUUUCCCAUCUGCCUUCCUUGCAGCUGCUACUGCUGAAUUCUAACUCAUUCACCGUGAUCCGGGAUGAUGCAUUUGCUGGACUUUUCCAUCUGGAAUACCUGUUCAUCGAAGGGAACAAAAUAGAAACCAUUUCAAGAAACGCCUUCCGUGGCCUCCGUGACCUGACUCACCUUUCUUUGGCCAAUAACCACAUUAAAGCGCUACCAAGGGACGUCUUCAGUGACUUAGACUCUCUGAUUGAACUGGACUUAAGGGGUAAUAAAUUUGAAUGUGAUUGCAAAGCCAAGUGGUUGUAUCUGUGGUUGAAGAUGACCAAUUCCACCGUUUCUGACGUGCUGUGCUUCGGUCCACCAGAAUACCAGGAGAAGAAGCUGAACGAGGUGGCCAGCUUCGACUACGAGUGCACGACCACAGAUUUUGUCGUUCACCAGACUUUGCCCUACCAGUCAGUGUCGGUGGACACGUUCAACUCCAAGAACGACGUGUACGUGGCCAUCGCGCAGCCCGGCAUGGAGAACUGCAUGGUGCUGGAGUGGGACCACAUCGAAAUGAACUUCCGGAGCUACGACAAUAUCACAGGUCAGUCUAUCGUGGGCUGCAAGGCCAUCCUCAUCGACGACCAGGUCUUCGUGGUGGUGGCCCAGCUCUUCGGUGGCUCCCACAUUUACAAAUACGACGAGAGCUGGACCAAGUUCGUCAAGUUCCAGGACAUAGAGGUCUCUCGCAUUUCCAAGCCCAACGACAUCGAGCUGUUCCAGAUCGACGAGGAGACCUUCUUCAUCAUCGCCGACAGCUCCAAGGCCGGGCUGUCCACCGUGUACAAGUGGAACAGCAAAGGCUUCUACUCCUACCAGUCGGUGCACGAGUGGUUCCGGGACACGGACGCCGAGUUCGUGGACAUCGAUGGGAAGUCGCACCUCAUCCUGUCCAGCCGCUCUCAGGUGCCCAUCAUUCUCCAGUGGAACAAAAGCUCCAAGAAGUUCGUCCCCCACGGUGACAUCCCCAACAUGGAGGACGUGCUGGCUGUGAAGAGCUUCCGGAUGCAGAACACCCUCUACCUGUCCCUCACCCGCUUCAUCGGGGACUCCCGGGUCAUGAGGUGGAACAGUAAGCAGUUCGUGGAGAUCCAGGCGCUCCCCUCCCGCGGGGCCAUGACCCUGCAGCCCUUCUCCUUUAAGCAGAACCACUACCUGGCCCUGGGCAGUGACUACACCUUCUCCCAGAUCUACCAGUGGGAUAAGGAGAAACAGCUGUUCAAAAAGUUUAAGGAGAUUUACGUGCAGGCCCCUCGUUCCUUCACGGCCGUCUCCACCGACAGGAGAGAUUUCUUUUUUGCGUCCAGUUUCAAAGGGAAGACAAAGAUUUUUGAACAUAUAAUUGUGGACUUAAGCUUAUGAAGGGGUGAUGGGUGGGUUUCAAAGACUUGCAGCAUUAGCCCUCAGAAAAGAGGACCAAGAAGAAAUAAUAAAAUACCGUAAGCCAGGCGCAGAGCUCUGAAAUCAAGACUUUAAUUGCACUGGGGAAAUAGUUAGAAGUUUUCAAACUUUUAGGACUCACAUUUUAAUCAGGGAUUGCAUUUAUUGGCUAACCGCAUGACAGCCCAUUCUACCAUUUAAAAAGACAUCUUAAAACCUGUAAUUUCUAAGAAAAGAGUACAGCAUUUACUCUUGCCAUCUAGAAAGUAAUGUGCUUUUUUUCUUUCUUUUUAAUGAGGAAGGAGAAAAUUGAACAAGAUGGGAUAGCUCUUAUAGCGAAAUUAAAAAAAAAAAAACUUAUGGACCCUUCUCAUUUCAUUUUAGCAAUCUUUUUGGUAAGAACUGUUAAAGCCAAAGUCAGCUGAAAAGAUUUGCUGAUGAUUAGUUUAAAAAUCUUAAAACACUCAGCAGUGCUAUUUUGAGCCAAUCUAGUUUCCUGAAAGGAAUGCCCGGCCUUCCAGAAUCUUCCUUCAGUCCCGAGCCUCGGCUCUUUGUUGGUUUAUACGGCUGGAUACUUGUCAUGGGUGUGUUCACAGUGUAAAGUUAGACGUUGCCUCCUCUGCCGCAGAGAAAACCUUCUGGCAACACCUGUCUAGGCCCAGCAUGGGCUGCGGGCCCAGCGGUGAGAUAAAGGAGUCCCUCCCUCCCCUCGUCGUUCAAAGCUGACCCUGGUGGUGGCCAGAGCAAUAAUGCUGCUGGAUGUGCUCUGUGACUCAUGUGCUUCCUGACCCGUGCUUUGUGUCUGUGGGGAAGCAGCAGACAGGCCAAAGACUGAAUGGUGCUUUUUACUCUGUCCUUUAGUGGGACGGAGCAGCUGCUGCCGUCUCAUGUGCAUUUGGUCGAAUUUUUGAAGUGAGAUUUUGUGGAGUCCAAGGGGACUUUACACAGAUCUCAUUGUGCUUUGAAACCCAGAGGUGGCGCUUUGGUUUGUGCACGUCUUUGCCCUCUGGACGACUUAAUGUGUCUCGUGGUUGAAUAGCAACCUGCCUACCUGCCCACAGCCUCUCUCCCUCCUCCUAGAACAGUCCCGCCUUCUUCAGUUGCUGGUCUCGCUGCUGCUUGAGCAGCCCCGCUCAAGGUGCUGCAGACCCCGAAUCACAAGCUGGGCAUUCAUGACUGGGACGCGCCCUCCUCUCCCAGUGCUUUACCAAGGGGCCCCCGGCAGCCCCAUACUCACAGAGGCCAUGUGUUGGUGGUGGGACAUCCUGGGCAGGCGGGACUCUCCAGGAGAGCAGCUGGAGUCGGACAAACUGAAUCGCAUAGACCAGGACUGUGCUCGGGGACCAGGUGGCCAUUUCAAACUGGGCCUCUGAUGUGGACAUUAGGGAAGCUUAGGGGUCCACUCUUGUGGGAGUUUCCUAGGAGAUGUUCUGCCUGGGUGGCUGGUUCUCUUUAGAGGGGAGAAAGUGGAUGCUUCAGUGGGAGCUCUGUACAGGGUACCCCAAAACUCCUUCCAGUCCUGAAAUACACAGGUUCGGAUUAGGUUUUAGUGAUUAUUGGCCACAUCAUAAGUAGGUGGCUGUUCUGCCACAAAUGUGAAUGUUUGCUGUUUCCUGACGUUAAGCAAUGCAGACUGAGCAAUCAGCGGCACUAGGGAACGGUGCACUGGUGCCGCAUCAGCACUCUUGAGUACAUUCUGGAACUGCAGGCUGAGGCUUGCGGCCCGUGAAGCUGGGGCUUUAGGGAACCAGCUCACCCAUGCUUGGAAGUGUGGUUUUUGGAACUCUUCUACUAAAUAUCAAGCGAACAGAGAACAGUGGUUCACUUUCAUUUUUCAAACCCAAACCCAUUUUCUGCAUUCUUUUGCUGUCUUGGUUUAUCUGAAUUGCCUACAGAUGCCCAGGUCGCCAUAUUGGAGUCUGCAGGUGGGAUGGCUCUGUUCUCAGUACAGCUGUAGAGCAAGACAGUUCUUCCUGGUGCAUGGAACCCUCAGACAGGCCAGGGUGGAGAAACAGGCCCUGGGCAAGCAGUAAGGGGACACCGAGACUGUGCCAGCAUUUGUGCCAACUUGAAAUGAUGUUCCGGAUUCCAGCCACUAGUUCUUAGGAGAGUCAAAUGGGACAUCUUUCUGCAGUGCCACCUCAGCAUGGCAAAGCUAAGGACUAGGCAUCUGUACUCACCACGCUGGGAACCAUUGCUUAGCAUCUGGAGAACCAGGGAGCAGAAGAUGCUGGGCUUGGGGUGGGGGGCUUGUUGAGUCUCGAUGGAGCAUCAGGAAGUAAGAGAAAGAUCUCAAGUAGGUGGUGGGGCUAGGUGUGAGAGAGUAGGUACUCUGAUUAACACUAAUCCAAUUUUAUUUUUCAAAGAGCUUAUCCAAGACUACAGUCUGCAAUCUCUAGAGUUCUGGGCUAUGGGAGGAGAGAUUUGUUCUAGCUAACCUACCAAGGGAGCCUAGAUGUUCUUGGCAUAAGGUGGUAGAAGCUCCACUUCAUUAAUCUGACUGCCUCAUCCCCAGAAUCCCUGCAGUUUUAAGCAAUUUCUGCAAGAAGCUUUUCUCCAGCAAUAAUAUAAAACAAACACACAAACAACCAGACAAGGACCACAAAAGUCCAAAGCAGAGACACGUAGGAGCAACCCCACAGAGGUGGCUGGGGGAGGGUGGCUCUGGCCAAGGGGUGGCCACCUGCUUGGCUUGUAUGUUCCUCAUGACCUUUGUGGCUAGGCUGCUGGACUGGUCCCUCCUAACAGCCAUGUGGCUUUAAGGCCAUUGCCUUAAAGCGAGGACUUGUCCCCAGACCCCAUAGGGUCGAGAGUAGGUCUUCAUAAAAACUUUGAAAACCCUUCAGAAGGGAAGAGCACGUGUUCUUCGGCGGUGGACAUAUCUCCUUGCAUUUCAGCAAAGCUUUAUGUUUUUUCCAUGCACAUUUAAGUUCCUCUGGUUUCUCAUAACCAGUUCUUCAGUCCAUUGAAGGACAGGUAUUCUAAUUUCAGAAGGAGGGAGAUGCACAGAAUCUAAGAGGACUGCCCGUCUGUGGUUAUCAGUAGCGAGUGGCAAGACUAGAACUUGCCCUCUGAAUGGGCAGCAUUCUCCGUUUUUUUCUGUGACACUCAGCAAUAGCCUCCCAAAGAAAGACCUUCAUUGUUAUCAUGAUUGUGCACAUGGCAGCACCUUCGGAUAAAUGAGAAGCGUGACAAAGUAUCCAUAGCCAGAAAGGAGACGUGCCCAGCAGACCCUGUUCAAUCAGCUGCUUCACUGAACCAUUAACAAGCAUCGUGGAACUGCUGUGACAGAAAGGCCCCAUUCUUGAAAAUCUUCCAGAAAUUUCAGAGAGUCUUCUCUUGUUCUGGAGGAUUUCUUUCUGGCACGGUCCUGUCUCCUCCCACGUAGCUACGGGCGGAUGCUGAGGUUUGGACACAUCUGCUUCUUGUCACGCCGUCCACCAGAUAAACAAGAGGAGUUUUGGGAGAGAAAGAUUAAAAACCCAAACGCACAAGCAAUGAUGAAUUGCUCCGGGCCCUGGCCAGCCUUUAGGGAGCUCACCGAAAAUGACAGAGUUGCGUUUUUCCUCCCCACGAAGCGAGAGGCUGGGUAUUUUUAGGAAAGAAAUCAGUGUGGGAUGCAGGAGGUUUGGUGGCCAGGAGUGCUCACAAUGGAAAUUUCUCUGGCCAGGGGUAAAAUGAAAGAGAGACGAGGUCCUCGGGAGGGGAGGUUGCUUGCAUGUCGCCUAAAGGAAAUCUCUGCAGCAGGCUCUGCUUCUAUAGCAUUCUGUCAGCUGCAGAGUUCUCAGCUCCUCAUUCGCAGCUUUGGAAGAAAGUUCUUUCAUGAGACAGUGGCCAGUAAUUCCAUUCACCAGUGCGCUGGGGUGGAGCAUGCUGCCCGGGACGUCUGCAGGCCAGGUCCAGGCAGGUUGCAGAUGCUGUGAUCCACAUUUGGGGACCAUGGAGAGGCAAUGGGCAGAAAUUCAGGGCAGAUGGCCUUGGAGGAAAGUGUCUUGGGAAAAUAGAAAUAAACCUGGAAGAAAAGAAAAAUUUCUCAUGACUUCCUUUGCUUUAGCCAGGCAAGCAGAGGGUAGGAUGACCAGGCCAAUGACUAGCCAAUGGUUAUUGAAGACAACCCGUUGUGGUGCUGAUCAAAAUAAGGAUCACACUGUAAGGCUACUGAGAUCUACACUGAGAGACGCUCGUCCUGACUGUACUCCAUUGCUUGGGUCAGAAUCCACCUUUUUCUAGUAGGUAACUAUGCAUUCCACAUCCAUCCUUUUGACUAUCAAGAAUGUAUAAGAACUGUGAUAAAUUAGGCCAAUAUGCCAUUUGGUACUGUUUUAUGUAUUUUAAAUGCAUAACUUAGGUAAAAUAAGAAUAGUUUAUACGUCCAUGAAAGUAAGUUUUGCAUUAUGCAGGCAACAAUGGAUACAUUUUAAGGCUGUAUCUGUAUUUAGCUCUUUUUGGUAAAUAGAGUUAACAAAUGAUAUGCCUCUUAAUCAGUCUAUUCUGUAAUCUUAUGAAUAAAAAGUAGUUCAU